AUGCAGAGGGUGGUGACGGUGCAGGAGGGCCUGUGUGUCCAUGUGCCCUGCUCCUUCUCCUACCCCCUGGAAGCCUGGAACGACUCUGACCCAGUUCGUGGCUCCUGGUUACCGGAAGGGCCUGAUACAAGACAAGAUACUCCAGUGGCCACAAACAACCCAGAUAGGAAAGUGCGGGAGGAGACCCCGGGCCGAUUCCACCUCCUCGGGGAUCCCAGGGGGAACAACUGCUCCCUGAGCAUCAGGGACGCCACAAGGAGGGACCAGGGGGGGCGGUGGUGGGGGCCGCAGGGCAGGGCUGGGCUGGCACCCCUGUCCUGGGAGGGGCUGGGGGUGAAGCCUGUCGGGCUCAGGGGAGGAGCUGGACCAGAGCCUGAGCUCCUCUCAGGGCCGCACCUCGGACCCUCCCUCCUGACCCUGCGUGUCCCCCUCUUCUCCCCAGCCCUGACCCACAGGCCUGACAUCAUCACCCCGGAGACCCUGGCAUCUGGCCACCCCACGAACCUGACCUGCUCUGUGCCCUGGGCCUGUGAGCAGGGGCCGCCCCCCAGGAUCUUCUGGGAGUUCUGGGAGGGGGCUUCUGCGGCUCCCCAGGGCCCCACCAGCGGCCGCUCCUUGGUGCUCACCCUCGUCCCUCAGCCCCAGGACCACGUCACCAACCUCACCUGCCACGUGACCCUGCCUAGGACCAAUGCGACCACGUCGAGGACUGUCCACCUCAACGUGUCCUGUGAGAGCUGGGCUGGGAAGCCUGUUGUCCUGCUGGGGGUCCCCAGGGCAGUGGGGUGGGGUCAGGGCUGCACACGGGGUGCUGGGCCCAGGAUCCAGGUGGGGAGGGACAGGUGGCUGCUGGCUCCACCCUCCCCGCCGAUAUGGCUCCUGGGGAUAGAGGCCAGCGUCCACCUAGUCUUCAGCAGUGAGGCGGAGCUGCCAUGUCUUUCUGCCCCAGACUCUCCUCAGAACUUGACCGUGACUGUCCUCCGAGGAAGUGGCACAGCACCCAUAGCCGUGGGGAAUGGCUCAUCUGUGUCAGUCCUGGAAGGCCAGUCUCUGCGCCUGCUCGUGAGCCAUGGGGUACUGGAGCUACCUCGAGUGCACCUCAGGGAUGAAGGACAAUUCACCUGCGGAGCUGAGAACUCUCUGGGAUUCCAGCACAUCUCCCUGCGUCUCUCCCUGCAGAGUGAGUACACAGGUGGGUGGGGGAGGGUCUAG